CAAUGGCCGUGACAGGCGACCAAGGGAAUUGGACGGUUCAAUCAUGAUUGCAUUGCGCGUGCCGCACAGGGAGCUCCCUUCCCGUUGCGGACGCCGGCAAGCGACUGGCGGUGAAGGCCUCAUCAAUCCAUUGAACAAACAACACCAUACGUCGUCGACGUCGUCUUUUGCAACGUCGUCAUUUGCACAGUGUCCGGUGUCCAAGGCCAAGGUUGUGAUCAAGCGUUUGUUUGUAUGCUUGCUUGCUUGCUUGCGUGCUUGCUGAGGUGUUCAUGUUGAGCUUCUCGCACAGCUCAGAUGAGAAUAGAGAGCAAAGCUCCGAGGUGGCUGAUUGGCCAAUGUGGCUUAUGACGCCAUCCCAAAACGGCCAGGACCAUCAAUGGAGGGGUCGUCGCCAUACAAUGAAAAUGUAAUCAUCUUCGAAUCGACAGAGAGCUUGCCCAUGUACAUGCUUGCUUGUAUGCAGUUACAUAUACAUGCACAUGUAUACCUACAUGUAGGUACUUAAGUAUAUAUGUACCUAGGUAUACAUGUACUUGGGCACGUGGCCUUUUCAAGCAACCGCGAAUUCAUCGUGAGUCGCGUCAAGAUCAAUCAAGAAAGAAAAAGAAAAAAAAAAAUCUGCGACUGAAUCGCAAAACAUGCACAACCAUAAUCACAGACCUGGCAGUUACAUCAUAAACCACCCAUCACAGGACUGUUGAAUAGGUAGCAGAUCCCACGCUGGGCCUCGGUCUAAUAGUUGUAGCCCUGACAUUCUGACAAGUCUUUUUGUUUUAUGCACAGCGAACGGGCGGGCGAGCACCAUAUUAACAUACCUAGGUAACCAUGUACUAACAUUGCAGUGCAUAUGACGUGUGAUGUCACUUGUCACUUGUGCCUGCCAUCCGCCAAGCGCUCCCCCAGCCGAACUGCCAGCCUCAUCCCCCAUCUUCAAUGGAAAUAAAGUUGGUUUUUCACCGUCGAAACCGAAUAAACCGUCGCCGCAAUUCUCCAGUGCGCCGUAACCUAGACUUCCCUCCAUUGCAAACAUCGUCACCCGCAAUUGCCUCCGACAUUCUGCUUGCCGUGCCCAUCGACUUGCUUGUCUGUUACCCAACUGGUAGCGUUGUGUCCGUGCAUACAUUACCAGCCAUCCAUCCACCGAUAGCUUCAUCCUGCCUGCCUGCUUGCCUACUUCCCACCAUCACUCACCCACCUUCCACCGGAGUCCCCCAAUCCCCCUUCCCCAAAACAUCUCCUCUGCCACGCGCCCGCCGCACUUCAACUGAAACCCCCCGCUUUCGCCCGUCGCACAGAAUAUGGGGAGCUAUACCUUUACCUGGUGAGGAACAUUCAGGAGACGAAGUCUACGUAACCGGCGAGUUCGAUUCGUGGAAAAAGUCGGUUCGCUUGGACAAGGAAGACGGCAUCUUCAAGAAGACCGUCGAGCUGCCCAAGGAGAAGACGCUUUACAAAUUUGUCGUCGACGGCGAGUGGGUCGUCAAUGAUACCGCCCCCAAGGAGAACGAUGCAUCCGGCAUCGUCAACAACGUCCUGAGCCUCGAUGAGAUCAAGGAUGACUCGGUCAACACCUUGUCGUCCGCCGCACCCGCCUCCACUACCGCCGCCCUCGCCGCCAGUGUACCCAAGGAGUCCGAAAAAUCCACAUCCGCCUCCACCAACAAAGAUGCCCCGGAUUUCGACAACCUCCCAGGCGCUUUCCCUCUGACCCCUCCUGCUGCGACGCCUGGCAGCGAGCCCCAAGCCUUCUCCGUGAACCCCAUCCCUGCUACCUCGGGUCCCGGCAACCCCGUUGACCUCGCGCCCGGCGAUAAGGUCCCCGAGCCAUCUACACUGACUACCAACACAAUCGAUUCCACCGUUAAGCACGAUGCUGAGCCGGAAGAAGCCAAAGUCAGCGUUGCGCCUAUUCCUGCUACCGCUGGCCUGGGCAACCCCAUUCAGUUGGCCCCUGGUGAGAAGGUGCCCGACCCGAGCACACUGACCUCCAACACCGUCACCAGCACCGCGAACACAGACGCUGCUUCCUACGCCAAAUCGGACAGUCUUCCCCCCAAGGUGGAUGUACUCCUCACUCCCGAGGCUGAAAGGAAGGCCGACGGUGGCAUGUUCCACUUGCCACCCUCCAUUGCCGGCAUCAUCCCCGAGUCCAGCCUCCCCGCAGAUGCCCCUGCUUCUUCUGAACAAGAUCCGGGUGUCACAAUCCAGUCCGCUGCGCCCACCAGCACCACUGCUGCUCUUGCUGGUGAGGUUCCCAAGGAGUCGCGCGCUGUACCCGAGACAGUGGUAGACAGCCAAAAAGAAGCCGGCGCAGCGCCCGAAGCAUCCGCAAACCCCGAGGCUGUGGCCGAAAAGUCGCAGUUGGAGAACGAGUUGAAGAUGAAGGUUCCCGAGGAGCCUCCUGCGGCCGAGGCCUCCGUCGCCGAUCGUGCAACCGCCGCUCUCGCUGCCGAUGUGCCCAAGGAGCCGCGCUCUGUGCCCGAAGAAGUGAAGUUGAGCCAAAAGGAAGCCGGUGUCGCGCCCGAGGCAUCCGCGAAUCCCGAGGCUGUGAUUGAAAAGAAACAGAUGGAGGAAGAGUUGAAAAUGAAGGUCCCCGAGGAACCCCCAGCGGCUGAGGCUUCUCUCGCUGAUCGUGCAAAUGCCGCUGCGGUCCCUGUGGUCGCCAGUGUCACUGCUGCUGCCGCGGUCGUUGCUGGUGCAGCCUACACCGCCAAGGACAAGGCUGCCGAAGCCACCACUGGCUUGGUUGCACCCGCCACCGCAUCGCAGGAGGUACCCGAAGUCGUCGCCGAGAGUCAAAAGGAGGCUGGUGUCGGCCCUGAGGCUGCUGCCAACACUGAAGCUGUCAUCGAGAAGAAGGCGGUUGAGUCGGAAUUGCUCAGCGAAGUUAGCGAGACCAAGCCAGCUGCUGAAACCUUCGUUAAGCCUGCGAUUGCUGCGAAGGAAGUGCCCGCAGUCGUUGCCGAGAGCCAAAAAGAAGCUCACGCUGCUCCAGAGGCCGCGGCUAACCCUGAGGCCGUGAUUGAGAAGAAAGAAGUGGAAUCCGAAUUGCUCAAAGAGGUAGCCAAAACGAACGAAGCUGGCGCUCCUGCCCCAACCGUCACUGCUGCGACUAGCACCACCGCGCCUGGACUAUCGGAGGAGGCAUUGUCUGAUGCUAAGCCUCUCAAGUCCUCGAGCGAGCCCGAUGCUCUGAACGCACCCGCCUCCAAGCCUGCCGUUCCCGAGACUUCGCGUCCUGUGAACGACUCCCGUGACGUCUCUCCCAUGUCUAAGCCCAUGACCAACGCGGAGCAACCCACCGUUACUACUGGCACCGAGACCACGCCUGCGGACACCACGUCAACCCCUAAGAAGGAGGACACUCCCGCAGCCGAGUCAUCAAGCACGCCCGAGAGCGCAAACGCCGACAAGAAGAAGAAGAGGCGCUCCUUCUUCGGCAAGCUCAAGGACAAGUUCUCCAGCAAAUAA